UUCAUCGCAUUUUCCCAUCGCCAUAGUGAAAAAGACCCGAAAGGCUCAGAUUGCAGUGCUCUACAAUACUUCUCUAUCAAUAAUUGGAAAUUUUCUAAGUGAAAAUUUGAAAAAUCAUUGAAGUGCUUAAAGUAACACAAAAAAAUAAAAAAAUAUUUAACAAAAUGUAUCUAAUUUCGAUAGCAAAUACAUGAAAAGUUUUUGCUUUCUAUAAAAACGACCUAAGGAAUAUAAAAAAAAAAUCGAUUAAGAAAAAAUUAGAAAAAUCGUUUAAAGUGGUUUCAUUGAAAUAGAAAAAAUAGUGGACUUUCAUCUUAUAGCAGAGCGAAAUUUCGCCAUAUGCUUUUAAAUUUGCUCAAAUUUUUCCUUUAAUCUCUAAACCUAUACCUAUAUUUGACUUGCAUAUUGGAAUUUUUUUUUUAUAAAUCACCUGAAAAAAAAAAAAAAAAACAGUUAACACCCAUUCAAAACUCCAUUUUUUCAAUCGAAAACUGAAAUUUUUUUGAGUAAAAAAAAAGUAAGGAAACUUACUGAACUUAAUCGCUCCAUCCGAUCCGAUAGUUAAAAUUUUCAGUGGUUUUCAAGAUACCUAAAAAAUAAAUUCCUUAUGAUUGGAUCAUUUUGGAAUUUGUGUAGAGCGUGUCCAUCAAUGCCUGUAGACAAGCAGCUCCAUUCGGAGUAUAGGAGCACUUAUCGUUGGCAUGAAUUUACCGGCAACUCACGACCAGAAGUGGUGCGCAGGGCGCCAGUUCCAAAUCAAUUUGAAGAUUCUUGUUUGCCCAUAGGCCCAUCAAACGAGCCACCACUGCCAAGAAGAAAGAAAUGUCCUGAGUUGGCCUAUAAGUCGCAUGAAUUCAUUAUAGGAUCUGAGCUAACAUCUGAUUCACGUAAUAAUGUUAUUACCAACCGCGCUAGGCCGGAAGGGCGAGGAACUCCCUCAAGAAGGAGUAAAUCUGAAGGUCCCCCAGGUGCAGUUAAUGACAGGGCUUAUCCGAUUGCGUCCGAAACCGAUGGAACGGGCGUUGGGAAUACUACUGUACAGCCGGGUGAGUCUAGUGGACUUUUCAAAAAUACAAUCUCAAAAUUGAGCACUGAAUAUCGUCUGCAAUUCGUUUGGCCAAAAGUCCGAAAAUCAAUUAAAGGACAGGCAAACGAUGCUGUGGAAAUACCAAAAAAGUCCCAAUCAAUGGGUGCAAUCAAAUCAACACUAACGACCACAAUGCCAACGGUUCAUAAAAAACGAACAACUAAUCAAAAAGAAGCUACAUUACACGAAUUGGAGCCUUUAGUUACAGAUGUAGAAGAACGAAAGCCAAUUGAAAGUCAAAAUACUAUUGUGGGAAAAAAAUCAAUUCGUCCAUUUUCACAAACGCAAGAUCGAGAUGUUCAUUUUACAACUAAAAAGGAAAACUUUGGAUUUGAGCAACAGAAAAAAGAACCAUUUUUUACUGAUGAAAUUGAUAACAAAAAUGUAAUAGCUAAUGGACAUGCUGGGCCACCACUUAUUACAGACGAAUGGUAUAAAGAUGUUGUUGAGCUUAGAAAAAAAGCUGGAGAGUAUAAGUGCCGAGGUUGGGGAACAGAAAUUGAUCCAACUCUAUUUAAAAAGCAAAAAGAACUUUGGGAUCAAGUUUCGAAAAGGAGUUCUUUAUCAGCUUUAUCACUAGCUUCUUCCAUUCAUAGGCCUAUUACCAAAGAAGAAAAAGAACAAGAGAACAACAAGAAAUUUACUCCGUUCAAAUCAGUUAAUAAGCCAAGAGUUCCUGGUCAGGCUCAUUUAAUUGACAACAAAGAUGAAUCUUCACUGCCAGCACGUUACAGCGCUAUACGUCACCAUUUAGAAAGAACAACUGGUCCCGAUAUAGAAGAAGGUGCUCUACUUCCAUCACCAACCAGGGAAAAGUUGAUGCCAGCUAUUCCGAAAUCAAGAGAAUCGGAAUCACAACGAGGUAGUCCUAAAAAAAGUGCUGCUUCUAGACACGGAAGUCCCCAAAAAGGUAGUCCGCAAAAAGGAAGCCCCAAGAAAACUAUUAAAUCCCGUUCUCAAUCCGUUGGUCCCGGUGUUAUCGAAAAUGAAUCGCCAAAGCGGCGAGUUCGGUCGUCUAGUACAGCGCCAGCCUCUAAAACAACAGGAAAGAAAACUCCUGUCUCGACUCCUAUCACUCAUGUGGAAGCUGAAAGAAAACUAAGACCAUCAACCCUUAAUACAUCAACCCCUUCCCGCACGAAAAAAAGUAUUUCCUUACAUCCUAAUGGUAAAGUUCAUUCAGUUCCUGUUAAUCAUCACAUUCAAAAGCCACAUACAGAUUCAAAUAAGGCAUCACAGCAUAAGCAACAUAAUAGUAAUAAAUGCUCAAAGCAAACGAAGGCAAAGCCAACAAUAGCAGUAACCGAUAGCAAUAGUUAUGGAUUAUCACAAGGUGAAUUAGGACCCGGCGACGUCUAUUCUUUAAAAAAAAGUCAAGACAUUAAAUUGCUAGAACAUGAUGGGGAACUCGCAGAAAAGGAAGCUCCAAUUGCAAUUUCAAGCUUUAGUCCUCAACCAGCUCCUGAAAUUCCAGAUGAACCUAUAGUUAAAUCACCUCCAGAACCUACUAGGGUUAAAUCGCCUGAGCAGAUCAUCAUGAGAUCACCAGAUCCGGUCAAUUGGACUGUCCCCUUAGAUACAGGAAAGACAUUUACUGUAACGCAAAAUGUCAAGGAAGGUGAAAAUUAUAGUCGACCUCAAAGCGAAAUCAAGGCUUCAACGCCAGUUGAAAAACCUCCCCCAGCUCCACAAUCUGCCCCGCCAGAAUUAACAGAACAAGUCAGAAUGGAUACUUGGAAAGGUGCCGAUUUUAGUGACCCAAAAUCAUCAGAUAGUCCUACUGGAGGUAAAGGAGGAAGCAUUCGCUUUGAUAAGCCCGUGUCCGGCUCAACUCUUCGUUGCUUGGAUGAUCCAACAUUUGAAUCAGAUACUACACCAGGAUUAUCAGUUCGUAAUAAUGCAACAGAUGUUUUGGAAAAGGCUCGUGACCGAUUCGACCGCUUCUGGGGAGGUAGCAAGGAAGACAAUGUCUAAGCCUAUUUUAUAUUUAUAUAUAUAAUUUAAGUAACAUAUAAAUCUACGAGUAAACUGAUUUUACUUUUACUACAGGGUAGUAUAUUUUUAAACAAAACAAUUAAUAACAUGAUCUUAAAUUCAAAACAAAAAACAACAAAUUAAAGAAAAGAACAAGAAAAAAAGAAAUAAUAACAGAAGUUAAAUCAACAAAAAUACUUAAAUGUUUGAAACAAGACAAGUAACAAUUUUGUUCAUAGCAUAAUAACAAGCAAAACAUUUAUCAAAAAUGUGCGCAGUUAACCUAUAAUGAAAUUUAAAGCCCUUAUUGUUUUUUAUAUUAAAAUGCACUCCAGUAAAUAGAUUCAUUCAUCAUAAAUUCAGUAUGGACUAUUGAUGGAGUUUUCAUAUACGAUAGCUUUCCAAAUCAGUUUUCAUAUUUCGAAGCGAAUUCAAGCGAAAUUUAUAAUACCUAAGGUCAAAUUCACUACCAGAUACAAUUUGCUUCGAGUUCCAUAAUCAUUCUAAACACAGUCAUAAAUCAUAAUAUAUUAGGUAAUUGAAGUUUGUUUACCAUCUCAAAAUCCCAAUCAUCAU